UGUUGAGUGCAGGCAGGAGAAGACCAGUGAAGUGUGGAUAUGACUGCAAACUUCACUGUGAAGCAUCUCUAACUCAUACAAGGACUCUCUUCUCCAUCCAUGCUGCUCGCCCUGUCCAGCGUCCCCUCAGCCCCCAAAGACAGGAGCCUCCACCCCGACAUGCUCAAGACAAGUCCAGCCCGGGGCUUCUACCCUAGUCCUCAUCCCCACCACCACCACCCGUACAUGGACCUCUUCCCUCCGACUCACCACCUCCUCAAGUCCACCUCCUCCCUCGCUCUUAACCCCUUCCUCAACCACCACCACCUCCAGCAACCCCAGCAUCACCACCACAUGCUCCCCGCUCCAGGACUCCCCUUCCUCGGCCACCUUGUGCCGGGACACCCGCUGUGCUCCUCCAAGCCGGAGGAGCUGGCGGCGGUGGUGACCGAGCACGCAGCGGGUCCUCUGUCGUCGGACUUCAGCAGUCCGUCCAGCGGGAGGUCCUCCUGCACGUCCACGUCGCCCCCGAAGCCAGUGCACAGCCAGACGUCAUCCCCGGGGAAAGGCCGCUUUAACUUCAGCGAGGAUGACUUGUUCACUGUGUUGUAUGGCUACUCUGGAGGGCAGGGACGGCACGCCAUAUCAGGGGUCAGCCUACCCGACAAGUCAGACUCUCACAUCCUGCCUCUUGAUAAAGACACUUUGGACCUUCCUAAGGGGUUAAGCAUCAUGCAGGCUGCGUGGGGGAACGUCUCCCACUGUGGAGUCUUCACAGACAAGACCAGCAUCCCCAAGGGGACACGUUUUGGUCCCUUUCAAGGAAAGCUCGUCAACACCAGCGAGAUAAAAACAUAUGAUGACAACACUCUCAUGUGGGAGGUGUUUGAGAAUGGACGUUUGAGUCAUUUUGUGGACGGAAGAGGAGGGACUGGCAACUGGAUGUCCUUGGUGAAGUGUGCCAGGUUCCCAGAGGAGCAGAACCUCAUUGCAGUGCAGCUCCAGGGUCAGAUCUUCUAUGAAGCCUGCAAGGAGAUUAAAGCCAAGCAGGAGCUGCUGGUGUGGUAUGGCGACUGCUACAUGCAGUUUCUCGGCAUCCCACUCACACUCAGGGACUCUGGAGAAGUCAACAGCAUUGUUCCUCCCACUGAAGAUGCUGGUGAGGGCUUCAAGUGUGACAGGUGUGGAAAGGUGUUCGCCUACAAGUACUACAGGGAUAAACACCUCAAAUACACACGCUGCGUGGACCAAGGGGACAGGAAGUUCCCGUGCCAUCUCUGCAACAGAUCCUUCGAGAAGCGGGACAGGCUGAGGAUCCACAUCUUGCACGUUCACGAGAAACACAGACCUCACAAGUGCACUGUGUGUGGAAAGAGUUUUUCUCAGUCGUCCAGCCUCAACAAACACAUGCGAGUUCACUCCGGAGAGCGCCCAUACAAGUGUGUCUACUGCAACAAGGCCUUCACGGCCUCCAGUAUUUUGCGCACGCAUAUCAGGCAGCACUCCGGAGAGCGGCCGUUCAAGUGCAAGCAUUGCGGGAAGGCCUUCGCCUCCCACGCCGCCCACGACAGCCACGUCCGGCGGACCCACGCCAGGGACAAACCGUUCCCCUGCGACCUGUGCGGGGCCUCCUUCCAGGAAGAGCACCAACUCAAGUGCCAUGCCAAAAGCCAUUCAAAGGGGCAAGUCUUGGACACAUCAAUUCUUUCUCCAAGAAAUGGAUCUGUUGAAGAAUCAGUUUUGGACAACCCAAAGAGUCAAAGAAACACCGGACAAAACUUCCCUUACACUGGAUUGACUGUUUUAAAUGCAGAAUAUCGACCAUGGAACUAAAAAUAAAAUCAUUUUUAAAAAACAGGAAAAGGGAAGAAAUUGAUGAAAAUGUUAAUUUAUGAAGACUUUAUUGUACAGGCCUUUCUAGUCAGGC